GUUCAAGCUUUGAUCCUAUUGAAUUUUAUUUAAAAGUUGCAACUUUUUUGGCAGCUCCAAAGAAAAAGACUUCUCAUUCAAAGAAACGAAUGCGUUCGGCGAACAAAGGGUUGAAAGACAAAACAAACAUU